AUGGCGCGUUUCCACACUCUCCUUUCGUCAGUCCUUACUGCUCUAGCGCUCGUUAGCCACGUCCGAGCUGGGCCAGCGAUCGCUGGUCACGGGCUUGGGCUUGGUCGGCGACAGGCGUUGUUGGACCUUCAAAUAUUCAAGCCUGAGACUAUCUUCGAGACGUAUGGCGAAGGCGAGACGCUCGUGGAUGGUCUCUUGGGCUCCGUUAGCGACAUCACGCAAGGCGCACUCAACUUUGUCGCGGACAGGUUGGGCAUCGAUCCUGCCGCUGUCCGGUACAGAAGUGGGUUCACGUCGGAUAUUGGGACGCAGCAUGGGUACCUCCACCAGGUCGUCAACGAUAUUCCGGUUGCCAACGCGGUUGCGAAUGUUGCGUUCAAAGACAACAAGGUCGUCUCUUUUGGAUCCUCCUUCGUUGAUCCCACUUCUCCAACACCUACUGUUGACCUCCCCUCCGUCCUCCCCACCAUCGAAGAAACUUUGGGCGGGAAGUACAACGGGCACCCAGCGAAACUUGAGUACCUCGUCCUUCCAGACGGGUCCCUUGCCCUCGCCCAUGUCGCUCAGAUCGAGAACGAGGGAGAGGACACGUUCUAUGAAGCCUUCGUUGACGCGCAUACGGGGGAGUUGAUCGGUUUGGUUGACUUCACUGCCGAUGCUUCCUACCGAGUCUUACCGAUUCACAAACAAGCGUUCCCUCAAGGCCAAGAAUUCGUGGUCAACCCUCAGGACAUCCUCGCUUCACCCCUAGGAUGGCACGACCCUCCGUUCCCCCGUCGGUUGCGCACUUCCGGCAACAACGUCCUCGCCUACAAAUCUUCCCUCUUGGGUAACGAACCCAGCACCGAAUCCGCACCUGGAAUCUUCAACUACGCCUACGACGCCUCGCGGGACCCGACGGUACAAUCCAACGUCGACGCUGCGCGCACCAACGCGUUCUACGUUAUCAAUACCGUGCACGACUUUACUUACCGCUAUGGAUUUACGGGGGCGGCGUAUAACUUCCAACAGGAUAAUUAUGGCUUGGGAGGGAAGGGAGGUGAUCGUGUGAUGAUUGGUGUGCAGGAUGCGAUGGGGAGGAAUAAUGCUGUUUUUGCUACGCCGCCUGAGUGCAGGAUGUAUAUCUUCGAUCUUACGAAUCCCCAUAGGGACAGCACCUUCCAGAACGAUAUCGUCGUCCACGAAAUGGGCCAUGGAAUAUCCAAUCGCCUGGUUGGAGGUGGGACGGCGCGGUGCCUCCAAACCCCUGAAUCGAGAGGGUUGGGUGAGGGGUGGUCGGAUGCUCUUGCAGAAUGGACGAACCAAACUCCCGCAAUGAACGACUACGUCCUGGGCACCUGGGUUUUGGCAAACACUGGCGGAGUUAGGAAGUACCCCUACUCGAUUAAUGCAACACGGAUCCAGAGCGUCCACAUGGUGCGUCCAGUCUCCAUGGGUGGCGCGCCUCCCAAGGUCGAUCAUAUUAACCUGCGUCCCACGUCUACAGACCGCGGCGAGAUUUGGGCCAACACCCUCCACAACGUCAUGUACGCACUCGUACAGGAGCACGGGUGGUCUCACACCGCACGCACAAACCCGGAUACGACUGAAGGCAACGUCGUGUGGAUGCACCUCUUUAUUGAUUCGUUUAGUCUGAUGCCCUGCAAUCCUACCUUCCUCAGCGCCCGAGACGCGUGGAUCCAAGCAGACCAGAACCGCUAUGCUGGUGCCAACAAGUGUCUGCUCUGGAGGGUGUUUGCGAGCAAGGGCAUGGGUGUGGAUGCCAAGGCUGAAUGGGAGGAAGACUUCAGUCUUCCUGCUGACUGCUAA